AUGGUGUCAAAAACCCUUCCCAACGCUGCUUGGAUGCUUGUUUUGACAAAUACAAACGACUAUGUCAAAGGUGCGAUCAUCGUGGCCUGCGUUCUACGACGACUCAGUACUCAAUACCCCCUUGUCGUACUGUGUACAUCGGCCGUGUCCGAAGGAGCUCAAGAACUGUUGUCAAAAGCCGGCUGCAUACUCAAAAGGAUCGAGCCCAUACAUCCACCAGGCAAGACCACCUAUUUCGCCGAACGCUUUGUCGAGACUUGGACCAAACUGGCUGUUUGGAAUCAGGACGAGUAUGAACGGGUGGUGCUACUGGAUGCCGAUAUGCUGCCAUUACAAAACAUGGACGAGCUCAUGACCGUACCAUUACCGGAUGGUGAUUAUGUUGCCGCUAGUCAUGCAUGCACUUGUAAUCCACAAAAGAUUAAGGCAUAUCCAGCUGAUUGGAUACCAUCCAAUUGCGCAUACACAAGCUCAUCUGCAUCCAAGAAUGACUACUUCAAUAGUGGGCUUAUCGUGCUGACACCGUCCCAGGGUAAAUUCCAGGAUAUCGUUGCGCGGUUGUACGGCGUUCCGGAUUUGAGUAUUUACCCGUUUCCCGAUCAGGAUUUCUUGAAUGAAAUCUUUGCAGGCAGAUGGGUUCCGUUACCGUACAUUUACAACUCGCUCAAGACCUUAUCGUAUGCGCACUCGGGCAUGUGGAAUUUGCAGGAUGUCAAGAACAUACAUUAUAUUCUGACGCCAAAGCCGUGGGAGGUAAAUGUGAAGCAAGAACAGGAAGCGGACGAGUCAGAUCAACGGUAUUAUCUACAGUAUCAGCUCUGGUGGGAUCUCUAUAACGAUAUUGGAUUCGAUACCGAUACUGUCAAUAAAGCUCUGUAUAAUGAUGAUCGGUGA